AUGCGUUCCUCUCAAUUCCUUGCCCUCGCGAUGGCCAUCGCCACCUCCGAGGCCGUCUCUCAGGGCUUCAACUACGGUGCCCUCAAGGUUGAUGGCAGCAUUAAGACCCAGAGUGACUUCGAGACCGAGUUCUCGACCGCUAAGAACCUCGUUGGAACCGACCAUGCCUUCACCAGUGCCCGUCUGUACACCAUGAUUCAGGGUGGCACAACCAACGGCCCCAUUUCGGCCAUUCCCGCUGCUAUCAAGGAGAAGACCACCCUUCUCCUUGGUCUCUGGGCUUCCGGUGGUGACAUGAGCAACGAGAUUGCUGCCCUCAACAAUGCUAUUUCCACCUACGGCGAUGCCUUCACUGACCUCGUCGUUGGUAUCUCGGUUGGCAGUGAGGAUCUGUACCGCAACUCUGUCAUCGGUGCCAAGUCCAACGCUGGUCCCGGUCUUGAACCCGCCGAGCUUGCUGACUACAUCAACCAGGUCCGCUCCGCCAUCUCUGGUACUUCCCUGAGCGGUGCCCCCAUCGGCCACGUCGAUACCUGGAACUCAUGGACCAACGGCUCUAACUCUGCCGUCGUCGAGGCCGUCGAUUGGCUCGGUUUCGAUGGAUACCCUUACUACGAGAACACUGACCCCAACUCCAUCGACGACGCCAAGUCCCUCUUCAACAAGGGCGUCGAGAAGACCAAGGCUAUCGCCGGCGGAAAGGAGGUCUGGAUCACCGAGACCGGUUGGCCCACUACUGGCCCUACUGAGAACCUCGCUGUGGCCAGCAUCCCCAACGCUAAGCAGUACUGGGACGAGGUUGCCUGCCCUCUUCUGGGUGUAACCAACACCUGGUGGUACCUCCUUGAGGAUGCUGGUACUACUUCCCCCAGCUUCGGUGUCACUGGCUCUUCCACCGACACCACCCCCCUGUACGACCUGAGCUGCAAGGCUUCCACAUCUUCCAGCUCUGCCGCCGGUUCUUCUAGCACCUCGGCCUCUGGCUUCUCCUCCGUUGCCUCUGCCACCACCACUGCCUCUGCUGGCUCUGGCUCCAGCUCUGGCUCCUCUGGCUCUGGCUCUGGCUCUAGCUCUGGCUCCGGCUCCAGCUCUGGUUCCUCUGGCUCCGGCUCCGGCUCCGGCUCCGGUAUCGCCAGCUCCCCCGCUAGCUCCUCCGUCGGUCCUUCUUCCGCCCUUGUGACCGGUGGCACCCGUCCUUCCACCAAGCCCAAGUCCAAGAGCGCUUCGGCCUCUGCCUCUGCUUCCGGUGUCCCCUCCGGCUCUAGCUCUGGCUCUUCUCCUGUUGUCACCGGUGGUAGCAACCUCGGCUCCGGCAACUCUGGCUCUGGUUCCGACUCUUCCUCUCCCUCCGCCUCCCCAAGCCUCCCCGCCAGCUCUGCCACCCGUGUCACCGGCUCUGCUGUCGGUGCCCUGGUCCUUGCUCUCGCUCUUGCUUUCACUUUCUAA